AUGGAUCCCGCAGCGUUGGCCGGCCUCACGAUCUACAACUUCCCGCCUAUGCCGCCAAAAUGGGACAGAAUCGGCAUAUUCUACAUCACGUUCUGCGCAACAUGGACAGCAAUCGUCUUUGCGGGUAUGGCCUUCCUCUGGGUCAACCGGAGGAGCUCCAUCUUGAGACUUCGAGGUCUACCUCUGGCCUUUGGUUCCAUUAUUUUCCUGCACCUUUACUGGUGCAUGGCCCAGAUUACAUACCCGAUCGGCGGGACGAUGCCUGUGGUCAUUGCGUACGACGUUCAAUACUUUGUGAUGGGCAUCUGGUUUCCGCUGGGUAUUGCUUGCUUUCACGCCUCUAAUAGCAGGUUCUUGCACGUUGCAAAGCUGCAGAGGCUUCACUUCGCCGGCAAUGGCGCUGGUAGUCUUCGGAGAGGAUGUAACGGCUCGAAGACGUCAUGGCUCUACCGCUUCAGGAACAUGGAUUACGGAAGGAGAAUACUGAUCUUCAUCGGUAUCGGUGCGAUAUUUCAGUGCCUGCUUACAACCGGCAUGUGGUUGGCUUGCAAGAAAUACCACCCGACCUUUGGCAUCCCCGGCACAGAAAUCCGUGGGAACAACAUAGUUGAGCAACUGAUUGACUUGGGCCGCGGAUGGGAAUGGUGGCCGACCGUUCUUUGGCAGUUCAUUUGGACUUGGAUUGUUGCACCAACGCUUAUCUGGCGAGCGUGGAGUAUCCGAGAUACCAUGGGUUGGCGAACCCAAACCAUCGGUUGCUGCCUUUCAGGUCUUCACGCAACACCGAUGUUUCUAAUCGCAUCUUAUGUACCGGCCUUCAACACCAUCAACAUGUACUUUCCCCCAAGUCAAUGGAUUCAUCUUUCGACCAUGAUGUUUGAGAUUUUCACAAUCUUCGUGCCACUCGUUCAAAUCAUACGACUCCGUAUCCUCUUGAAGCACGUCACAGCUGCCAACGCAAAAUGGGAGACAGAAUCACAAACAACACUCAGAGCGUCUACCGCAGCAUCUUAUCAUGGUCGAAAACUCCCUGGCUCUUCGAGCCAAGCUGAAAAGGGGCAGCCCAUUGUUUACCAAAUCGAUUCCGCCGAUAUUGGUCCAGAUAUUGACAGUCGCUUAUUGACAAUGACUGCGCUCGACCACGCUCUGAGGGAGAAUCAAGGUGUCUUGCAGGAGUUUUCUGCCCUCAGUGACUUCUCCGGUGAGAACAUUGCAUUCCUCGCUCGCGUUUCCGAGUGGAAGUCAAGAUCAUGGCCGAAUGCCAUAAGCGAUUCGGCAUCUCGAGAAUCCCUUGCCCACGAAGAAAGACUUGAUGCAUACAACCGCGCCCUCCAGAUUUACGCCGACUUCAUCUCCCUGGAGCACGCUGAUUUCCCUCUUAAUCUUCCCUCCCAGGAGAUGAAGCAGCUGUUCAGAGUCUUUGACAAGCCCGCCCGUAUCCUAUUUGGAGAAGACGCUUCUGUCAACAUUGCUGUGCCUUUCGAUGAUGCUUACCUGAGGUCACGCACAGGGUCAAGCUCGGGGAGUAGCGGUGACAUCAGGCAUCAAGCCCGGUAUACCGGUGAUAUUCCCGCGGGAUUCAGCUCUACGGUGUUUGAUAGUGCACAGGGCCACAUCAAGCAUCUUGUGUUGACAAAUACAUGGCCCAAGUUUGUUCGGGAAAUGCACUCACGGCGAAGGUCCAGCGAGACUAGCCGGAGCGUCAUGACAGUUGAGACCACCGAGUCCGAGUCUUCUCUUCUGAGCAAAGUCUCGAGCAGUGUCUCAAACCUUAUUCGAUCUGUCAAAGCUAUCUAA